AUGCGGCCCCAAAACAAAACUUACGAUGAUGAUGAUCCUAACACCGCGGCCACCACCGAGGCUCCCCAAGGCGCAUCGGGAGAGCAAGAGGGCCAGUUUGCCCGCACAGAUGAAAGGGUGCAGAUUGAAUACCCGCCGGAUAGCGAGAUGCCCGAACAGCCAAUUGUGCAAGGUCGUGGAGGAAUGCACUUCAAGCGUACCCUAGCCUCAUUUUCGCUCGAGAAUAAAGUUAGCAUGGUGACGGGUGGGGCUCGCGGAUUGGGACUAGUUAUGGGGCAGGGCCUGGUUGCUUCAGGCUCAGACUUGGCCAUAGUUGACUUGAACAAGGCAGAAGCUGAAGAGCAAGCAAGCAAGCUGAUUGAGCAGUUCCGAAAGGAAAAUCCCGGGAUUGAACGAAUGCCCAACAUUACCGCACACUACGCCGACGUUGCAAAUCCCGAUUCCGUGAACGAAGCGCUAGCCGAGGUUUUAGCUAAACACCACCAGAUUGACAACCUCGUCACCUCUGCAGGGUUUACCGAGAACUUCGAUGCCAUUAGCUACCCAUUCGACCGCAUGAAGAAACUCUGGGGUGUUAAUGUGGAUGGUACAUAUUUGUUUGCUAUAGGAGUGGCCAAACAUCUGAUGGAGCGCAAGUCACCCGGUAGCAUUGUCAUGAUUGGCUCCAUGUCUGGCGCCAUCGUGAAUGUGCCCCAGCCUCAAGCCCCAUAUAAUGCUGCCAAAGCAGCUGUGCGCCACUUGGCGGCUUCACUGGCUGUUGAAUGGGCUGUCCAUGGCAUUCGGGUGAACUGCAUUAGCCCUGGCUAUAUGCUGACCGCUCUCACUCGUAAGAUCCUUGAUGAGAACCCCCAACUUCGCGAUCAGUGGACCUCCCUCAUUCCCGUCGGCAAGAUGGGAGUGCCAGAAGACCUAAUGGGUGCCGUGACCUUUUUGCUCAGUGAUGCAUCGAAGUAUGUCACCGGCGCCGAGCUUCGUGUAGACGGUGGCUACACGGUGACCUGA